GCAGCCGCGGCGGCAGCGAGACGGGGCUCAGGGUUUUUUACCCUCUUCUUUUUUCUUCCGCCGCUAGCGCGCUCUCCCCCUCUUCCCGUGUUGCAGUGCAGGCUUAGCCGGGCGUCAGGAAAACAGCUCGCAGGAGCGGGGGGAGGAAGAAAAGGGGCUGCCCGGAGGACCUGGGGGCUCUGCGGAUGCUGCCGCCAGCUUCCUACCUUCUCGCUGUUUUUUCCAGGCGAUGCCACACCUCCCGAGGACACUGGGGACAUCGGGUUUUGCUGAGCUUAGCAUCUUUCCGCCGCCGUGCCGAAGGCAGCAGACAGACGCUCGUCUGCCCUGAAGUGCGGAUCUGCAACAGCUCCCGAGAAGACGCGCUCGCUCCGUCUGUCCUUCUCCCUCUCCCUCUCUCUCCUUCUCCAGUCCAAACCAUUACGAGACCCGACUUGCACCAUCCGGGAAGCUGCCCCCUUUUUUCCUGUCCCUUCUCCUUUUCUGCGAUGACUCACCAUUAUUUUUAACUUUGAAGAGAGAGGAAAUAAUGGGGAUCUUGGAAGCCUGUGUUUCUCUCUAGGAUUUUCCCCGGGGUCAGAUAAGCGGUGUCACUAAGAGCCACUAAGAUUUGCCUGCUGCAGCAGGGGCAAUUUUCUUUCCUUUUUUAUUUUCUCUGUUUUAUCAUCCCUUCGCCUUUUCAUGAGACACUUCCACACCUACGUACCUGUCCUUCCGCAGGAUAGUAGCCUUGUCCUGAGUCCGAUCCCGCCGCCGGGCACUCGGAAGAGUUUAGCCUAAGGAUUUCUUGUAAACCUAAAUAUGACAGUUGCUACCGGAGAUCCUGCAGAUGAAGCUGCAGCUCUUCCCGGUCACCCGCAGGACACGUAUAAUCCCGAGACCGACCAUGAAUGCUGCGAGAGGGUGGUCAUUAACAUUUCAGGUCUGCGCUUUGAGACGCAGCUCAAGACGCUAGCCCAGUUUCCAGAGACCUUGCUAGGGGAUCCUAAAAAGAGAAUGAGAUAUUUUGACCCGCUCCGGAACGAGUAUUUCUUUGACCGGAACAGACCCAGCUUCGAUGCUAUUUUGUACUACUACCAGUCUGGUGGGAGGCUGAGGAGGCCUGUUAACGUGCCCUUGGACAUCUUCUCGGAAGAGAUCCGGUUUUACGAGCUGGGGGAAGAAGCGAUGGAGAUGUUCCGGGAGGAUGAAGGCUACAUCAAAGAAGAGGAAAGACCGUUGCCUGAGAACGAGUUUCAGAGACAAGUGUGGUUGCUCUUCGAGUAUCCCGAAAGCUCAGGCCCUGCCAGGAUUAUAGCUAUUGUCUCCGUCAUGGUGAUUUUAAUCUCCAUCGUGAGCUUCUGCCUGGAAACAUUGCCCAUUUUUCGGGAUGAGAACGAAGACAUGCACGGCAGCGGGCUGAGCCAUCUGCCCUACUCCAACAGCAGCAUGGGGUACCAGCAGUCCACCUCUUUCACAGACCCCUUCUUCAUCGUGGAGACACUUUGCAUCAUUUGGUUCUCCUUUGAGUUCUUGGUGAGGUUUUUCGCCUGCCCCAGCAAGGCUGGGUUUUUUACCAACAUCAUGAACAUUAUCGACAUUGUAGCCAUCAUCCCCUACUUCAUCACCUUAGGGACAGAGCUGGCUGAGAAGCCGGAGGAUGGUCAGCAAGGCCAGCAAGCCAUGUCCCUGGCCAUCCUCCGAGUCAUCCGCCUGGUCAGGGUCUUCAGGAUCUUCAAGCUCUCGCGGCACUCCAAGGGGCUGCAGAUCCUGGGGCAGACCCUCAAGGCCAGCAUGCGGGAGCUGGGCCUCUUGAUAUUUUUCCUCUUCAUCGGCGUCAUCCUCUUCUCCAGCGCCGUCUACUUCGCAGAGGCAGACGAGAGCGAGUCCCAGUUCCCCAGCAUCCCCGACGCCUUCUGGUGGGCCGUGGUUUCCAUGACGACCGUUGGCUAUGGAGACAUGGUCCCCACGACCAUCGGUGGGAAAAUAGUGGGAUCCUUGUGUGCCAUCGCUGGCGUGUUAACGAUUGCCUUACCAGUGCCCGUCAUAGUGUCCAACUUCAAUUACUUCUACCACCGGGAGACGGAGGGAGAGGAGCAGGCUCAAUAUUUGCAAGUAACCAGCUGCCCAAAGAUCCCUUCUUCCCCUGACCUAAAGAAAAGCAGAAGUGCCUCUACCAUUAGUAAGUCGGAUUACAUGGAGAUUCAGGAAGGUGUAAACAAUAGCAAUGAGGAUUUUAGGGAGGAGAACCUGAAGACAGCCAACUGCACCCUAGCUAACACAAACUAUGUUAAUAUCACCAAAAUGCUAACCGAUGUCUAGUCGCUAAAACCUAGUCGGUAUUUAAAGCUGAAGUGGAACAGUUGCAGAUAUCGAGUGCUGCUCUGCAUUGUAGUCAACACAGUAUUUUCUACGGUGUGUUUUGGUUCUGCAUGGGAAGCAAUAGCCGUGUAAGUGACUUUUAACCUUUGAUUUCCACGCUGAAUAAGCUGUCAUGCACCAACCGUUUUGUUUCUCUGCUCCCAUCACGGGCCCGGGGGUUUCCAAAGACACGGGGCGUUCGAGGCGUUUUGGGGUGCCAGUCGCGCCGUUGCACCCGCGGGGGAGCCGGCGGGGGGAAAGCUCCCGCGCCCGGCAGCGCCGAGCAUCCCCCAACGUCUCCCUGCACCGCCCGCGUGCCGAACCGCCUCCCCGGGGGAUGGCAGGCAGCUUCCCAGCUUCGGGAACGCUUAGGGAAAGGUCAGGCAGGGCUUAGCGAAGGGAACGUGCGGCCGAAUGACUUGCAGGCUCGGCUUUCCGCCCCAGGUGAGACCCCGUCGCCCGGGCUCGUGUUUCAUAACGGCGACUGCUGCAUGCUGCAAUAGUUUCCUCCACUGCAGCAUGCCAGCGUGAGGCCCCGGGGAGGGAUAAUUAGCAUGACAGAACAUUAUUUAUUAAGUCUUAAAUUUUCGAUGCUAGCCAUCGGGAGGGCCAAGUAAAUAAAUCAAGAGCUUGGGUUUUCUCUAUUUAUUUAGCUGACACUUCCAUCACCACUGUUUCCAGGAUCACCAAAGACACCUCCACUGACACAUUGAAAAUGAGUUGGAAAAAAAAAAAAAGCAUCUUUUUUUAUAUCUCUAUAUAAAACUGGAGCAACUAUGCUGUGGCCUAUAAUAUAUUUAUACUGCAGUGAAAUUUAACCAGUAAUACAGUACAGCUGCAUGGGUAUUCGUUGCAUGAAUCUGAAUAUUUAAUACACACACAAAUAUAUAUUUUCUUAGUAGACUAUACAGUAUUCAUGUUUAUAGUGUUUAUAGAUUCUCCAGCGGCUUGACGGAGAUUCACGGGAGUCAAAAAUCUCUAAAACCCGGCUGGGGGAAGGCACGGGCUGACUGCGGUUUGCUAGAUAGCAAGGCAAAGCCUGCGCGGCCGAGCGUUCGGACCCCACACGAGCCGAGGGAAGGUGAGCUGGAAGUUAACCACCUGCGCUCAUCAUGGGACGAUAAUUAGUCGUUAAUCUGGGUGUCAUGAGCAGAAAUUACUGCUGAGCAGGGAGGCUGCGGAGGCCAGGUGGGACGGCGGGGAGAGGCGUCCCGGCUUGUUUGGUCAGCAAUCUUCAGCUGUUUUCCCGUACGAUUACCGCGCGUGUGUGUGUAUGUAGAUAUUUAGAGAGCGACUAUAGGCCGAAUUUCAGCAGACGCCGGCGCUUCGGGAGCAUCCCUGGUUCAGGGCCGUGGGCUCGGUGUGGGGGGAUUUGCUGCGGCGAGCUCCAGCGCUGCGGGAUCACGGGCCUUUUGGGCUGGAAAACUGAGCCAGCCUGACCGGUGCCAUGGGAGAGGGUCUGCGUAGUCGUGGGGUUGGUCCCCCCGGUUACCUUGCUCUGCCGCAGACCCCAUCCCACAGCCCGGGGGCUGCUCACGGCAUGGGAAAGCGGCUCUGGGCCAGCGAGCGAGGUUCAGGGUCGCUCCGGAGCGACGGCAUGGCUGAUGCCGGGCUCCAUCUCGGCUCAGCCCACCCAGCCUUGGCCUUUAAUUUGCCUUCUGCUAAGGUUUUUGGGAGGGCUCAGCCGGGAUGCAGAGACCUUGGGGUUGUCCCUGCUCCUCCUCGAGCCCCAGCACUAUCAGGGAUAGCUGGGAGCUGUUCUUCCAGGUGGAUCCCAUUUGCUUCCCCUAUGCUGCUCCAGGUUUCCUUGUGUUUUCCUGUGUUGGGGACAAUCCCUGGACCAGGUGCCCCACCGGUCCGGAGGAGAGGCCUGCAAACCUCCUUGGAGGCCCCUGGCCAGUAAAGCAUCUCCAGUGAAAGAUGUGGUUUAGCAACCUGUUGAACCCGUACGCUUUGGCUGAAUUUGGGGCUGGCCAGCCCUGUACCGGGGCUGCAGAGCGAGGGUACGAGCAGGGCAUCCCAUCCCAUCGCAGAGCGGGCAAGUAAGGUCCUUCUGACCCUUCUGGCUCUUUGAGGGGAAAAAAUAAUAAUAACAAUAAAACAACGGUGCUAGCGUAUUCUACAGCAAUGGUUCAAAAUGCUGCUUUGGGCCUGAUUCAUCUCUUGUGCUGAUGUGGCUCCGCUCAUCCGAGUGGAAUUGCUCCUGAUUUUUAGUGAUUGAUUGAUUCAGGCCCGGCUAUAACUAUUACCAAGUGUCCAUGGUUAGUGCACAGGAGUCCUGGCUUCUGCCUGGUGCAGAGCACCACCGGCAUCAGUGCAUGCUGCCGGGCCUGAAAGGUGCUCAGCACCACGCAGCAUGGGGCCUCCGAGACGUCUCAAGUUAUGUUUCAUUGUAUUAGGAAUCCUUUUCUCCCUCUCUGCUGAUGCAGCUCUGAAAUAGGCGUCCCCGAAGCCCAAAUCACUUUAACACCUUAAAAAAAGUACUACAGAGGAGGAAAAAAAACCAGCAAUGCAAUCGCAAGCAAUAAAUCUCUAUUUCGAAGCUCAUCCUGGAGAACGGCACAGGGCUGGCACAAAGCGGCUGCUCAGGCACGGUUCCCGGGGAGGCCAGCCAGCUGCCAUCGACCCGUCCCGGAGCCCGGCCGCGCGGCAAGGUGAGCUCGCGAGGGGCCGCGGCCCGUGUUUCGGGGCUGCUGGCAGCCCUGCUGCUUGCUGCCGGGGGUUUCCCGGCCCGGGACGGCCGACAGCACGCUGCCAGCCCGUUCCUGGUGUGCACCGAAGGCCGAGGCCAGGUUGUUACGGGCUUUUCUGGGGGAUGCUGGCGCUUUGUGCGACUUUGCAAAGCGCCUUGCUGGUUAUAUCAGGGGCUUUGGGCAACUCGCUUCUCGGCGUCUCCAGCCCUGGAGGAUCUGGCCCUGGCUGUGCUGCGCCCGGAGCCUGCGGCGGGGUGGUGGGAAGCAUUUCCCAAAAUACUGGGAGCAUCUCGGGAAGGGGAGGGCGGCUGUUUUUCAGGAAGGCAGAAGAUUUCGUGUUGCACGGUUUUCCAGCAGGACGGAGGCUCCCACUGCCCCGUUGGCACAUGGUGGCCCCAAGGACCUGCCAAGGUCAGGCAGGAGGAGAGCACGGUUGCACAAAUCAGCUGCGACAGACCCAAACCCGUGCGCCGAGCUGGUGGGGUCCGAGCCGCAGGUGCCAUCUGGGACUGGUGUCCCCCACCAAAGAGCCAGGACUGCUGUGCAGGUCACGGGGGGCCGCGGUCAGAAACGAGCUGUCGAGCCGCAAAAAGCGGAAGGGUCCAGCUCUCUCCCCUGCGCGGAGAAAUGAUUCCCCUAUAGCUUUUAAUGGGAUUUGUGCCUGCAGGUCGGAGCUCGAGUGCUAUUUCUAGCUUUGCUUCUGACUCACUGAUGUGAUCUUGAACCAGUUUUCAGGAGGAGACUGUGAUUUUUUUUCCUUAUUUUUUUUUCUUGAGGAAUUUGGUUUGAGAGGCUUUGGGCCCGCUUCUGCGGCGAUACUGAGAGUCCAAAACUCCCCUUGACUUUGCAAGGACGAGAAAAUGAGAGGCAAAGUGGCUAAGACCAAAGGUAGUGGCUCAGGCUGGCCAAAAUAGGGGCUGGAGAGCAGGGGAGCGAGACACCAUCUACGUUAGUCUCAUAAAGCCUAAGGCCACCUAACCUAGUUGCUGGCAUCCUUGUUCCUCCUCCCUUGGAGAUACCGUCUCUUUCCAUGGAUGGUACGGCAAAAUAAAACCUUCUGGCCCUCCCAGAUACCAUGGUUAGGUAUCCAGGGGAGACAGCCCCCAUAUUUUAAGAGUUUUAUCCUUUGUGCCAUGGCCACAGUUUUGGAGAGCCGCGAUUAUGGCAUGGGUCCCUUUCUAACAUGCAACCGCGUGGUCAAGCCUGCAGGCAACCCAUCAGCCCGUCAACAGCUUCCAAAAUAGGUGCUGCGGGUGCUCAGGUGAGGGUCACGUACUGGCUGGACACCGUCAAGCGCUUAGGAAAAAAUUAUCAGUAUGUGGAGAUGUGCUUUAGCGGGACAACUGAUCUCCGCAGUGAUGUUUUGUGUCGAAGUCCGUCAAAUCUGAACAUUGUGCUCUCCCAAGAAAAAGAUCCCGAAAUUGGUGUUAUGAGCGUGGAGCAUGUGGGUGUAUAAAUAUGGGCAUAUUUGUGCAUAAAUACACAGAAGGAGAGAAAAAGACAGAGGAGGAGGAGGUAUUUCGGGAAGGGCCUUGCUUUGUUAUCCGAUAAUUCCUGGGUCAGCUGUUGAAAUUUCCACCAAAGGCUCCUCCCUUCUCCGGAGUCUGCAAUACAUCUUGAGAUGGGCCCGAGCAAGGAGACGGAUCCAGAUUUUGCUGUGGAGGUGGGGGCUGAAACGCGGUGUCCCAAGUCAGUGCCCGACUCGUGUCCGUCCCCAAACCAGCAGCUUUGCAACACCUGGAUCUGGAUCCCAAUUCCCAGCUUGGGCCUGUUGCUCACAUUUCUCUGACUAUGCAGGUGAAGCCAAACCGAAAUCUAAGGGAUUUGUUUGCGGUGCAACCGCAGUGGCACAGGGAGUGGGUGGUCUUUGGGGGUUUUGGUUUUUUUGGUGAUGGUUGAAUUUCAAUUCCCUCCAACCAUCCUGGUUCGAUGGUCCUGGGGUGAUGGGGACACCAGGGUGGUCCCCGUCGCGCCUCCUCCAUGCGCCUCCUCCAGCGAGGGGCAGGACAGCUGCAGGGACGGCGUUGGUGUUUGGAGCUGGUGCAUCUCAGGGUCUAUGUUCAUGAGGGUCCGGGCAGUAAGUCUUUGGUUCCCAACUCUGAGCUGUUCGGUUUUGCACCCAAAAAAGGCUGCGGGUCCUUCCUCCAGCAUUCGAUCUCCUCCAGGUCUGGUGCACCCCUCGGUCCCCGCCAUCGGGGCCGGCUGCUGCUCCCCUCCCCGAGGGGGGACAAGGGCACCUGUGCACAAGCUAACGCGAUCCCCCGGCCCGACUGUCCGCGGCGACAGAUAAAUUCCUUAGCUGCGUUUCUCUUCUGGGCAACGGUUUGGCUUCGAGGAGCUGUAGAGCGUUGCGUGCCAACGGUCUCGUGCCAAGGUCCGUGCGCGCGUAGACACCCGCGCGGGAACCGCAUACUCUUUCCAGACUUGUAUGGCUGUUCUGGGGUUGGGGAUUGUUUUUUAAUUUUUCUGUCGCGUAUGAGACUGUACUUAUUCAUUUGCACUUGCUCCCUUGUUGCUUGAGCCUGCGCUGUUGUCCUCCAAUGUCAUGCACUACUCACUGCUGGGAGCGCAAGGGAGAACAGGGGCCUUGGCUCAAAUCCGUACGUGUUGCCUAAUUUGAGGGCAUCAAUAGGAAGAGGAAACCCAAGAAGGACUCAUAAUAAUGAUGCUGGAACUGAACCUUUUGUUUCCAUGGUUACAGGAGAAAUGGGACCAGUAAUGGAGAGAGGCCUAUACACUGUUAAAGGAGGACUCGUGGGAAUUUCAAGUCAUUUAACCAUGCGUUUGCUAGACACAAAUUUAGACACCAGCUGUAUCCGAAUUGCACAGUGUGUAUAGACGUUACUGCUCUUAUUGGCGACUCGUGGGCGUCCUCGGGGUUGUGGGUCUCGCGCGGGCUGGGAGACACCCAAGUCAGUAAGGCUGAACAUUGUAUAUAGGUAUACAGAUCUGUGUACAUACAUAUUCCAAAUGAGCAUUUGCUG